AUGUUUAUGAUCAAAAACGUGAGCAAGUACCUGUUCGGAGAUGCGUCCAAGGAGGUCAUUACCGAAAUCCCCCAAGGCCAGCUCUACAUCGUACGCCCAAGGUCGCCCAAAGGUUACUCUGAGCUCAUCUAUAAAGACGCUGUCGCAUCCAUCAGACGAACGGGCCAGGAAUUUCAGUACCAACUCGUCAUUCAACGUGCCUAUGAAGAAGGCGAAGAAGAGCUAGCUGAAGACGACGAGGAUCAAGGCCUUGAAAGUCUAGAUAAAGACGAGAAGACCUUCCUCCUUGACCAAAGCCUCCACUUUAGAUGCGAACAGAGAACUAGUGGCGAGUACGUUCUCGCUUGGCGUGAUCUUAGUGGUGAUCAAGGCGACCUGUACGAAUUUGUCUGCGACUCUUCAGCACAGGGUGAUAGGGUACAAACGUUCGUCCUUGCUGCCAUCGACUCACAAUUUGAACGCAAGUAUCGGAGAUCUGCUCAGAAAGCAACCGAGGCUGAGCUCCAAGAAUUUAACUUUGACGACGACGACAUCAUUCCUUUGGCAAGCUCUGUUCCUGAACUUGCUGACCCUAUGCCUACAAGCAAAGAAUCUGCCGAGCGCAUGGCGAAAGACGUCAAGUCGUCCAGGAAAGCGAAGAGGUCCAUACCCGAGUCCAUCACUGCUGGCCCAACAGAAGCUCCAGUGGCAAAAAGCGCCCCAAGCGUUGGUGAAGUUCUCGCAAGCCAAACCGCCGAACUUCACUUGUUCGAUUUCACAUCCGGUACUUUCAUUUUACAAGACUCUUCAGUGACUGCUGUGGUCAGUGAUCUUGGCAAAUGGCGUUAUUGGUUGCAGAUCACCAGCUCUGAUGGUCGAGAAUGGCUUGGUCAAGAAGUGGUCGCCGAUAUCAAUCCCGUCUUCAACUUCGAGUAUCUUUCGGCUAUCUUCAACCAUUAUACUGAUGAUGAGUCUGCAUAUUCCUGGCUUCUGCGUUUCCCAGACCAACCAACGCUGGAAAACUUUCAAGAAGGCAUCAUGCAGGCUCUAUGGGAACAAUUGAAUGAGACCAAAUGGUCAAAGGUUCAGGACCAGGAUCGAGAAUAUGUUCUGGAAGCAUUCAACGAUUUGACUAUGGACGAUGCCCCUGACGGUGAAGAAGAGCUCCUGGAAGAGGAAGAGGAUGAGGAUGAGGAUGACAGUCAGGCUGGUCAGCGCAGUGAACAUUACGACUCGGAUGAAUCAGAGGAUGAUGUUGAGCUGGGUGAUAAAGACGGCAAUGUGAACUCGCAGCUCGCUGUGGGAACGAAGCACGACCGUUCCUUUGUCGUCCGGGGGUCUAAGAUUGGCGUAUUCAAGCAUCUCCCAAACCGACAUCUUGAAUUCACCACAAAUAUCUCCAAAGUCCAGACACCAAAAGGACGCGCUUUCAAACCCAGCAAGGUUAUGCUACACGCCGAAGACCAGAACAUGGUGAUGCAAGAUGAGAGCAAUCCAAACUCGCUAUUUCGCAUGGACCUUGAGUAUGGUAAAAUUGUGGAUGAGUGGAAAAUCCACGAUGAUAUCCCAGUCACCAACUUCGCCCCCGAAACAAAAUUUGCCCAACAAACCUCGGCGCAACCCUUCAUUGGACAUAGCAGAAAUGCUCUCUUCCGCAUCGAUCCCCGUGUUGCAGGCAAUAAGCUUGUGGAGAAUCAGCUAAAGCAGUACAUGUCUAAGAAUGACUUCUCUGCAGCUGCCACAACAGAAAAGGGUCACAUUGCAGUUGCGUCCAACAAGGGCGAUGUGCGUCUGUUCGACCGUCUUGGAGUCAACGCCAAAACUCAUAUUCCUGCUCUCGGUGAAUCAAUCAUUGGCCUUGACGUCAGUGCAGAUGGACGUUGGCUCCUUGCAACUUGUCGUACGUAUCUUCUACUCAUUGACACACUCCAGAAAAGUGGAAAGAACGAGGGCAAGCUUGGCUUCGAACGAUCAUUCGCAAAGGAUAGCAAGCCACAGCCACGUCGACUUGGCUUGACACCAAGUCACGUCGCUCAGUUUCAACACGAGACUGGUUCACCCCUCGCGUUCACCACCGCCAAAUUCAACACUGGGGAAAGUAUGCAAGAAACCAGUAUCAUCACCUCAACCGGCCCGUUCCUUGUAACUUGGUCCCUUAAGAAGGUGCUAGCAGGUAGCAAGGACCCCUACCAGAUCAAGCGUUACAGUGCCCAAGUCAUGGCCGACAACUUCGAGUUUGGUUCCGAUAAGAAUGUCAUCCUCGCAUUGCCAAACGAAGUCGACAUGGUCAGUCGCAAGACCUUCAAGAAACCUACAAGAGACAGCAUCGCAGGACCCGCAGCUAGGCUUAGUGGAGGCGCAUUGGCAACACCAAGACGAGGCACACGACAAAGCCACCUUAGGGACGAUAUAGUGAACAGUCCUUAUUGA